GAGAGAGAUAAACGUAGUGGGAGAGAGAAACAUCGGGAGAGAGAGAGAGAGAGAACCAGAGAUACGGGAGAAAAGGAGAGAGAGAGAAAAUCUAACAGACAGUGAGAGAGAAACGGGGGGCGGAGAGCUGGGAAGUAGAGAGAUACAGGGGAGAAUCAGUAACAGGGAGAAGUCAGGGAGAGGGAAGUUCUCCAGAAGGAGAGAAACACACCGUCAAUGUGAGGCUGGCGAAUGCUCCGGACACUGGGCACUGGGCUCCGGACACUGGGCACUGGGCUCCGGACACUGGGCUCCGGACACUGGGAACUGGGCUCCGGACACUGGGCACUGGGCUCCGGACACUGGACACUGGGCUCCGGACACUGGGAACUGGGCUCCGGACACUGGGCUCCGGACACUGAGCUCCGGACACUGAGCUCCGGACACUGGACUUGCUGGACGCUGCCCCGCUCUCUCCCGGCUCCGCUCCUUGGGGAUUUUUCCCGAGCUCCGCUCUCCUCGGGAUUUACUGACAUUAUCGGGCGACUUGGAGCGGGACUCCUCCAGGAGUGCCAAGACACACAGUGCUGAAAGGCUGAUCACGGUGAGGCGGUGGACCUGGGUGCCAAUGACAGAUAAUCUGAAGAGACAGCAGAUAAUGAACUGAAGGUGCCAGCCUCUCUCAGAAAGCCGAACCUGGGUGUGAUGGAGAAAUACCACUGUUGAGAUAACAGCCACCGCUGAGUUUCAGUGAGACGUUUCAUCAGUUUGAUCUGGAGGAAUGAAAAAGUUGUAAAGACCUCAGAAAAGGAAGUUGCAAAUGUGUGUGGGAGUGGGGGAACGGAAGUUAAUAUCGGUGGAACUCACCCAUCCCCCUAGCUUUCAUCUCUUAACUUGGGCUGUACCGAAGCUGUUUCUGGUUGGCAGGAGGUGACUGGUUCUGAGUUGCCGAUAUGCCCGGUGUUUCGCCACAGCACAUCUUGCCCACUCCAUCAUGCUAACAACUGGGAGGCAAAGUUUGGAGAUUGUGACCUACAUAGUGUUUGAGCUUGUCAUCGCAGUCUUAGCUGUACUGGGGAAUGUCCUGGUGUGUUGGGCCGUCUACCUAAACAGCAACUUGCAAAACGUCACAAACUUCUUUGUGGUGUCCUUGGCUGUGGCAGACAUUGCUGUCGGGGUACUGGCCAUUCCCUUUGCCAUCACCAUCAGCACUGGUUUCUGCUCCCUUUUCUAUGGCUGCCUCUUCAUCGCCUGUUUUGUGUUAGUAUUAACUCAGAGCUCCAUCUUCAGCCUGCUGGCCAUCGCCAUUGACCGGUACAUUUGCAUCAAAAUCCCACUGAGGUACAACAGCCUGGUGACUGGCCAGCGGGCCAGGGCAAUCAUCUGUGUCUGCUGGAUCCUGUCCGUCAUGAUCGGCUUGACCCCGAUGCUGGGCUGGAAUCAGUCCAACUGCGAGCUCACCAUGAAGCUGAACGGGACGGAAGGCUGCAGGGAUGGCAUGGUCUCCUGCCUGUUCGAGGAGGUGGUCACCAUGGACUACAUGGUGUAUUAUAACUUCUUUGCCUGUGUCUUGAUGCCCUUGCUCAUCAUGUUUGGCAUUUACUUGAGAAUCUUCAUGGCCGCCCGCCAUCAGCUCCAGCAGAUGGAGUUUAAGAUCACAGCCGUUGAGAAGAGCAGGUCCACCCUUCAGAAGGAGGUGCACGCUGCCAAGUCCUUGGCCAUCAUCGUGGGUCUCUUCGCUGUCUGCUGGUUGCCCCUUCACAUCAUUAACUGCGUCAACCUCUUCUGUGAGAACUGUCGCCCCCCAGCCUGGAUCAUGUACUUUGCCAUCAUCCUGUCCCAUGCCAACUCUGUGGUCAACCCUCUCAUUUACGCGUACCGCAUCCGAGAGUUCCGCCAGACAUUCCGCAAGAUUCUGAGGAAGCACAUCCUGAGGAAGCCAGACCAGGUGCUGCAAACGCCUAGUACACGAAGCUCCACCCAUGGAGGCGGUGGGGGGACUCAACUCAAUGGGGGAGUUUUUGAUCUGGUGAACGCCUGCUCCCAAGACGUGUUGGAGAAAGAUCCCCAGCAGAACGGACAUGUCCCAGACUUGCGGCUCCGCGGGGACCCAGGGGAGCAACAACCAGAGGGAGAGGACAACACCGAGGGUCAGCUCCCCACUGUCUCCGCGCAACAGACUCCCUGCUCAACUCUCACCAAAGUCUCCUGAUCCUCAGCUCAACGAGGCUCUAACUUGUUCCAACAACAAGGUGAAGGGUUCCAGUGGCAACAAGUAAAAGAAAUGAGAGGGGGAGAGAGAGAGAGAGAGAGAGAGGAGGGAGGAAUGGAUGCACAGAAAGAGAGAGAGAAAGAGAGUGACAACAUGCCGACAGGAUAUAAAGGGCUCAGGUGUGGAGGUCACGGAGUGGGUGAGAGAUUUGAUAGCAGCUCAGUGUGAAGCUUACAUUACCUGAAUGCCUUGUGUAUUUGUCUAGCUUCCUGUGCAAUGCCAGGCUACUGCCUCUUACCUGCCUACAUUGGUGGCAUAGCUAGUGGGGAAGUGGAGGUGGGUAUAGGGAUGGAGGAUUGUGCCCCUUGGCAGCAAUGCUGUGUGUGUACUUGUUGUGUUGUGUAUUCCUGUCUGUAAGCUAUUAGCUGUAAAGUUUUGUGUGGUGUUUACAUGAACCCAUGUGGUUCGGGGGGAUUGCAGUCUGAGACACUGACUGUGCACAGGAAAUGACCAGCUCACUCACAUCACGCCUGCUUCCUCGAGGCCCUGACAUACUCGAUAGCAUUCAGGAAGUAAAUUGUAAGCUAGCUGGAUCAGCUUCAUGUGGAGGUUUCCGCUCAACCCAGGCUAUACCUUGCUAUGGGAGUUUCAUUCCAUUAUAUUUACAAAUCUGACAGAGAGGGAGUAAAUCAGACACAUUGGAGGGAAACGGGCCAUGAUGGAAUGGGAAGGAACAGUAAUGUCAUUAAGGCUGAGACAAUUAUGUCAUGGUUUUGGGCAGGGAUAACAUUGGUUGGGUCAGUGACAUCAUUGAGAGGAUCCAGUGAUGCCAUGGGGAGGGGAGGGGGGACAAGUGAUGUCACAGGCUUGGGGCUGUUGGAUUGAGGAGGACACUGGAAUGGACAGUCUAGUUACAACUGGAUGAGAUCUUCUCUAAUUUGAAAGGAAUUUGAAAGGAAUGUACUGGCACUGAACAGUUCAACGCAGGUUCACUCGGCUGAAUUCUCUGCUAAAGGGGUUGACUUUUUAACACAGGUUGGUCUUUUAUUUAUUAGAGUUUAGAAGAAUGAGGAGAGAUCUUGCUGAAACGUACAAGAUUCUGAAGAGGAUGGACAGGGUAUACUGAGAAGAAGGUGACUUUGUGAACACAUGAACUUCUUUGGUUCUGAAGAACAAAGGAAGAAGCAGUG